CCAGCUGCCUGCACCCGCGUUCAGUCACUCACUGCUCUCACCAUACUUACACGAUGUCUGCUCGUUUUCUGGUAGUACUUGUGUGUGCGGUGGAGCUGGCUUCGCUCGUAUCAGCGGGAGGUCACGGCGGCGGUCACAAGAAGGUGAUCAUCCACGUACCACUAUUCGUGAAACAUCAUCAUCACAAGCAUACGAUUGUGAAGCAUGUGCACCACAAGAGUGGAGGUGGUGGUGGUGACGACCACUAUGAAGUCCUUGGUUACACGUAUGGAGAACCAAAGCCAGCGCCACACUUCGGAGGAGGUCACGGUUGGGGUGCAGCAGACGAAGGCCACGAUGGUAGUUACGGCGAGUCUCCGGUGAGCUUCGAAAGUGACCACGGUGGCUACGGUCUCUCAGCCGCUGGUGACGACAGCUCGGACUUUGGUCAUGGUGGAUACUGAGCUUAACAAUGCAGUAAACACUAUUAUCAUGUACAGUACAAAUCACUAAAAUUAGUACAAUUAAAGCACUCCAGAUGUAAACAUAAACAUCUAUCAGAAAUUAUUUAGCAGGUAUAAAUUUGCAAGUAUGGAAGUGACGAGUAGUUACAGCUAUUUACAACUUGUCCCGCAACAUAUUUCAUAUUUUAUGUAUAAAAUUGCAUAUUAUACUUUUUUGUGUAUAACUUUAUACGUACUUUGAAAUUGUACAAGUGAAUGAUGGCCUCUCCAGUUCUUCACAUCUCGUAAUGAAUUAUAGGCACAGGGAAUACGAGUACAAACGAGCCCAAUAAAUAUUGGAUUGAUCAUCAAUUUUAUCUAUUUCCUGUAUUAGGUUACAUUACAUACAUUAAAUCACGUUGUGAUAGAUAGCUAGCCGUGUAAUUCGAUUUUUUUCAAUAGAUACACGAUAUGUUCUCAUUAAUUAUAUUUAAUGGUACCUUAGCUUUCUCGGGAUAUAAAAUGCAUUUGUGUGCACGGAUCUCUCAUGGGAUCUGUUAUCAAGGUUUGUGAGCUUGUGUUGCAUUAUGUAAAUAAUAGAUUAAUACUGUAGUAUGUAGUCGCCAAAAACUACCUGCUUUUACAAUGUAAUAGUUUAAGACUGUUUUUGUGAAUGUUAUCCCGGUUUAAGCGGGAUUUUGUUAAUAAUGUUAUACACACUGUUAUUAAGUUAAUUAUUGUUAUUGCCA